AUGUCUAUCAAAGUCGCUCAGGCAGGAGCUUCCGGUAGCCUCGGCUUGCCCGUGCUCAAGAACCUUCUGGCCGCCGGCUACCCGGUAACGGUCCUGACGCGCAAAGGCAGCAGCAGCGCAUCCAAACUCCCCCAAGACCCCAACCUCACCAUCCGCGAAGUCGACUACAGCGACGUAGCAUCCCUGACCGAAGCCCUGCAGGGGAUCACCGUCGUGGUCUCAACUCUGGGGACCGAGUCCGUGGAGACGCAGAAACCGCUGAUCGACGCCGCUGUAGCUGCGGGCGUGACGAGAUUCAUCCCCUCGGAAUUCGGCAGCGACACCCUCAACCCCAAAGCCAAACAGCUGGCCUUUUACAAGGGCAAAGUCGACACUGUGGCCUACUUGCAAGCCAAAGCCGAGCAGUCCGGCUCGGGGUUUAGCUACACGCAAAUCAUCAACGGCCCUUUCUUCGACUGGGGCCUGCAGGUCGGCUUCAUGCUCAACCUCGCCAAGCACAGCGCGGUCGUCUUCAACGGCGGCGAUGUCCCGUUCUCCACCACCACGCUCGACACCAUCGGGAAGGCCGUCGUCGGCGUCAUUCGCCAUCUUGACGAGACUGCAAACCGGCCCGUCUAUGUCCAGGACGCCCUGGUCACGCAGAACAAGCUGAUCCAGUACGCCAAGGACAAAGACGGCGUCGAGUGGUCCAUCACGCACAAGGACACCGAGGAUGCCAAACGCGAAGGUCUGGCUGAAUUGGCCAAGGGGCCGGACGCUAACAUGUGGGUUGCCAUCAGCGGAUUGCUUGCCUCGGCCCUCUACAAUGAAGAGUAUGGUUGCAAUUUCACCGGCCGACUGGACAAUGAGUUGCUGGGCAUCAAGGGCUACAGCGACGAUGAGGUCCGGAAGCUGGUGGAGAGUUUGUUGUGA